CUUCAACCAAAGGGGGCGUGGCUUAACAAGGGGGCGUGGCGUGUUUUAACCCCUCUCCCUUCCUUUCCUCCUAUAGGUCCGUCGUCUCCCGAAGCCCCGCCCCCUUACUCCCCAUUGGUCAGCCCGGAAGGAGGGGCGGGGCCUGCUGCGGUCACGUGUCGUGUUUGCGGCUCGGCCAUUGGUGUAGAAGGGAAAGGGGCCCAACACGUGGUGCGCUGCGGAGCGUGCGGGGAGGCCACGCCCAUCCGCCCGGCCCCAUCAGGGAAGCAAUACGUGCGCUGCCCCUGUAACUGCCUGCUGGUCUGUCGCAGCUCAGCCAGGAGGGUGGCCUGUCCCCGGCCCUAUUGUAAGCGUGUGAUCACGUUGGCCCCGUUACAAAGCGCCCCCAGCCCUGAACCUCCGGCCGGGAUCCGAGUGUCGUGUGGGCACUGCAGCGCUGCCUUCCUGUGGACGGAGUUCACGGAUCGAACGUUGGCGCGAUGCCCCCAUUGCCGGAAAGUCUCGUCCAUUGGCUCCCGCUAUCGGCGCCGUCGCUGCCUGUGCUGCUUCGUUAUGGGGCUGCUCAUGGCGGCAUCCGCUACGGGGCUGGCGGUCGGGACGUGGGCCGCAGCUCGUCGCUGGGGAGCUUUACACGCGUGUUGGGCCGUGUUGGUGGCCGGGGCCGGAGCGUGUUUAUUGCGGGCCGGGUACUGGGGCUGCGUGAGGGUCAGUCACCCCAUCCCACAACGCGCCUGAACACGCCAACUACACGCUAAGGACACGCCAAGGGCACGGUAAGGACAUGGCCUCGGUGAGCUGUGGGAACACGCUAAGGACACGCCUGCAUCAUGGGACACGCUAAGGACAUGCAGUUAUCAUGUGGGACAUUCCUCAGGCCAAAGGAACACGCUAAGGACACGCUUAGAUCAUGGGACGUGACCUGAGAACAUGGAUCCAUCCCUUCAGACAACAUUCCUUCAACAUGCUUAGGUCAUGGGACAUGCUAAGAACAUGCUUAGCUCAUGUGACAUACUAAGGACAUGAAGCUGUCAUACAACAUCCUUCAGCCAUGGGAACAUUCUAAGGACAUGCUUAGAUCAUGGGACAUGCUAAGGACAUGCUUCAGUCAUUGGACAUGCUAAGGACAUACUUAGAACAUGCUUAGGUCAUGCAUAUCACACAGUGGCAGAGCUGGGAUGUGUCUUGAGACAUAUGACACGCUAAGGACAUGCUAUGGUCAUGUGACGUGCUAAGAACAUGGAUUUCCUCUGCCAUUCAUUGGGUCAUACAUCAUGCUAAGGACAUGCUAAGGUCACGUGACAUGAUAAGGACACGGAUUCAUUCUAUGGCUUCCCUUGGACACACUUGUGCCCUAUGAACAUGCUAAGGACACGCUAAGGUCAUGUGACAUGCUAAGGACAAGGGUUUACUUUGUCAUUCCUUGGGUCAUACAACAUGCUAAGGACAUGCUUAGGUCACGUGACAUGCUAAGGACAUGCAUUCAUUCUAUGUAAUCCCUUGGGCAUGCUUCAGCCUUAAGAACAUGCUAAGAACAUGCUAAGGUCAUGUGACGUGCUAAGAACAUGGAUUUCCUCCGCCAUUCAUUGAGUCAUACAACAUGCUAAGGACAUGCCAACGUCAUGUGACAUGCUAAAAACAUGAAUUCAUUCCAUGUCAUCCCAUGGACAUGUUUCAGCCUGAAGAACAUGCUAAGGUCAUGUGACAUGCUAAGGACAUGCCAACGUCAUGUGACUUCCCUCGCUUGCGAUUGGGUCAUACAACAUGCUAAGGACACGCUAAGGUCAUGUGAUGUGCUUAGAACAUGGAUUUCCUCUGCCAUUCCUUGGGACAUACAUCAUGCUAAGGACAUGCUAAGGUCGCGUGACAUGAUAAGGACACGGAUUCAUUCUAUGGCUUCCCUUGGACACACUUGUGCCCUAUGAACAUGCUAAGGACACACUAAGGUCAUGUGACAUGCUAAGGACAAGGGUUUACUUUGCCAUUCCUUGGGUCAUACAACAUGCUAAGGACAUGCUUAGGUCAUGUGACAUGCUAAGGACAUGCAUUCAUUCUAUGUAAUCCCUUGGACAUGCUUCAGCCAUAAGAACAUGCUAACAACAUGCUAAGGUCAUGUGACAUGCUAAGAA